AUUACCCACUCGAGUCGCGGGUCGUAGGCGUGGAAAUUCCUGUGUGCAAUAGUGGGCGUAUGUGUGUGAGAGUGGCAUCGCAUCUUUAUCUUUUUCCAGCCCCUUAGGGGGGGCGCAUCAGUUUCGAUUUAAAAAAUUCUGUUCUCCAUAUAGUAUAUUUAUGCGAUAUUUCUAUGUACAAAAAAGUGUCUUCAGAAAAGGACUCCAGCUGGGUAACUUUUGCGGCAAACUGAACCGCAACCGCCAGCGACAGGGGCAGGAGCAGGAGCAGCAGCAUCAGCGGCAAGCGCUCGGCCAGAUGGGUGGCAACAGCACUGGGGCCAACUCGAGCGCCUUUAGCGCGGGCGGAUACAUUGGACCGACCUCUGCCAGCAGCCACAACAACUUGGGCACCUCGGCGGCGGCAGCGGCGGCGGUUGCCGGUGGCAGUGACCUUAUACCCGCACCUAUCGGAACUGGAAACGCCAUGGGAGUGUCCUCUUACGCGUACGGGGGAACCAGUUGGGAAGAAUUCUGCGAACGGCAUGCCAAAGUGGCUGCCACCGACUUCGCCAAGGCCUGCAUCACCUACAUAAACGGGAAUCUGCCGCCGGAGGAGGCGCGCAACAUUCAGCAUCGCAGCUUCGCCCAGAAAUUUGUGGAAUCUUUUUCAGCCCACUACGACACCGAGUUCUUCAAUAGGCGGAGCACCCUAAAGUCGGGUAGGGGAUCGGUGGAAUUUGACGAGGAGCAUGAGGUGCCCCGGCUGCUUUCCAAAUCUCUCCUCAGGCGACUCUCCUUCAAGGGACUGCGCAAGGGCAAGUUCUCCGUGCUACAGGCUUUCUUCCACAAGAACUCUGACGACGUGGAUGGGAGCGGAAGCAGCAAGCAGAGCAAGACAAAGCUGGCCAAGAUCACGGUCGAGUGCCGCAAGGAGGGCUGGGUGAACAACCUGACGCCGGAGAGCCUGGACCAGCCGACAGGCUCACAGAAAUGGGAGCGGUGCAAGUUGGUUCUGGUCAAAGCCGUGGGCGGCUACAUGCUGGAGUUCUACCCAAACAAGUCGACAAAGCCACGCAGUGGUCUCUUCUGCUUCCUCAUCUCGGAGGCGCGGGAAACAACGAUCCUGGAGAUGCCCGAUCGGCUGAACACAUUCGUCCUCAAAGCGGACAACAAUAUGGAAUACGUGAUUGAGGCGGAAAAUGCCGAGGAGAUGCGCAGCUGGUUGGCCACCAUUCGCUACUGUAUGCGAACGCCGCCCACUCAACAGCCCCUCAUCGAGUCCGAUGGAGUAAUGGCCGCUGCAAUGCAAACUUCGCCCACUAACCCAACCCCCAAUCCCAUUGGCGGUAUCCAGAAUCCGCAGUACCAUCAGCAAGGGGGCUCCAACGGAAAUAUAGUCGGCGGAGGUCCUGGACUCGCCUCUUCCCUGUCCGCAGACAGUGCUUUGGGACAGGGAGGUGCCACAUCCGCAAAUGAUUUGAACGCCAUCAACGAAUUGGGCACAACGCCGCCCUCAGGUCCACCGGACAUACCCAUAAGACCCCAUCGGGGCGAGCAGCGUUUGUCAGCCUCCAGUAAUUUCGAUGGCGUGGAGCUCGGCGAAGAUUCGGAUAUAAAUGUGGCUGAUCUGACAGCUGAGAUGAGUUCCUUUCCGUGGUUCCACGGAACACUCACUCGCUCGGAAGCGGCCCGAAUGGUUCUGCAGUCAGAAGCCGCCGGACAUGGUUACUUUUUAGUCAGACAGAGCGAAACGCGCCGCGGGGAGUUCGUGCUGACGUUCAACUUUCAGGGGCGAGCCAAGCACCUGCGUCUCACAAUUUCGGAGAAGGGGCAGUGCCGGGUGCAGCACCUUUGGUUCCCCUCAAUCCAGGAGAUGCUCGAGCACUUCCGCCACAAUCCGAUACCUUUGGAAUCGGGUGGAACCUCGGAUGUGACCCUAACCGACUGGGUCCUCAACAACAGCAGAAUCAACGAUCUGUCGGCAGCUGCAGCAGGAGGAUCUGGCCACGAUUCGGGCCAGCUUAACGAUCUGUCCUCCAAUGGGAAUGGAAAUGGAAAUAUGAACGGAGCGGCAGCAGCGGGAGGAACUGGAGCUGGAGCGGGAGCGGGAGCAACCGGCGGUGGUCAUCCGUCUCCGAGACAUUGCAACGAAGUGAUUACCAUGAAUCUAAGUGUUCGCCUAAAGACAAAUGAAAUUGAUCUGCCACAGGAGCCAACACACGUAUAUUUUCCGGACCAAGUCUAUUUCCGUUUGGAUCCCACAUCUCUAACCGUGCAUGGAUCGCCACCAGCCGCCCAGAGUUUCCUGGAUCAGCCGCAUCUACGGGCCUCGAACGCCUCGCUGCAGGCGGCGGCUCACCAUCAUCCGGCAGGACAAUCACGGCAUACCAGCGACAGUGGCAACAACAGCGCCAGCGGCGGAGCAGGGGGCUCCAACUCGGGUGCCGAAUGCACCGGACGGGCUAUCGACAACCAGUAUAGCUUCACCUAAAAAUCCUGGCCAGCAGCCCCAUCCGCGGAUUGUGGUCAUCCGUGCGGAAUUUAUUUUUGUGCCAUUUUAAUUGUCUUGAUGGGAAAAAUUUGUGUUUUGCAUUACAGAACGUAGUCUGUCCUAUCUUCUGCUUUCUUUGCCAUUUUUCUUAAUUGUUUCUAAAUUAUUUAAGUACCUAUUUUGGAAGACAUGAAGUAACUGAAUAUUAUUACGUAUAUAUUAUAUAGCUAAAUGUGUGUGUUCAUUUUAAGUACAUCAAUGUUGUAUGUAUAGAAGAGUAAAAGAAAAAUUUGAGAUGUUUGUGGCACCAAAGGUGUGACUCAUGCGAA